GAAAAAAAAGCACUUCCGGUCUGAGUUUGAAAGGCGGAACAAGCGCCGCUUGAAGCGGCCGUACGGAGGGAACAAAGGACGACUGAGUUAACCAAUAUGGAAAUAGGCUGCUCUCCUUAGCCCAAUCUCCAGCCACGAUGUCAAAACGACCAUCCUACGCCCCUCCCCCUCCCCCUGCCCCCACAACACAAAUGCCUUCCACCCCAGGGUUUGUGGGCUACAACCCUUACAGCCAUCUGGCCUACAACAACCUCCGGCUGGGAGGGAGCUCCGGAGGCUCCAGCAGGAACUCCUCAGGCAUCACCGUCCCAAAGCCGCCCAAACCUCCAGACAAGCCACUGAUGCCUUACAUGCGGUACAGCCGGAAGGUAAGCAGGAAGGUAUGGGACCAAGUGAAGGCAUCCAACCCGGACCUUAAGCUGUGGGAGAUUGGAAAGAUUAUCGGAGGGAUGUGGAGGGACCUGACUGAUGAGGAGAAACAGGACUACCUGAACGAGUAUGAGGCUGAGAAGAUCGAGUAUAACGACUCUUUAAAGGCGUACCACAACUCGCCAGCCUACCUGGCCUACGUCAACGCUAAGAACCGGGCUGAGGCCGCAAUGGAGGAGGAGAGCAGACAGAGGCAGAGUCGUAUGGACAAAGGGGAGCCAUACAUGAGCAUUCAGCCCGCUGAGGACCCUGAUGACUACGACGACGGUUUUUCAGUGAAGCACACAGCAGCCGCCCGCUUCCAGAGGAACCACCGGCUCAUCAGCGACAUCCUCAGUGAGAUUGUGGUGCCUGACGUCCGCUCCGUGGUCACCACAGCCCGCAUGCAGGUCCUCAAGAGGCAGGUCCAGUCUCUUAUGGUGCACCAGAGAAAGCUGGAGGCAGAACUUCUGCAGAUUGAGGAUCGCCACCAGGACAAGAAAAGGCGCUUCCUGGAGACCACUGACUCAUUCAACACUGAACUCAAGCGGCUGUGCAGUCAGAAGGUUGAGGUGGACAUGGAGAAGCUAGCAGCAGAGAUGGCUGCUGCCGAGGAGGCAGCCAGGCGCCGGGCAGAGGAGAGAGAGCGCGAGGCGGCCGAGCAGGCAGAGAAAGCUGCUCAGCAGGCUCAACAACAACAACAACAGCAGCAACAGCAGCAGCAACAGCAGCAGCAGCAACAACAACAACAGCAACAACAGCAGCAGGAGGCUGCUGGGAACAAAGCUGCAGAGCAAAGUAGUGCUAAUGCUAGCAGCACAGCUAACCCCACCUCAGGGACCAAGGAGGAGGACAAGCCCACACCAAUGGAGACAGAUGAGGCGACACCUGCAGAGCCUUCGUCAGACCCCCAACCUGCACCCCCCCCUCCGUCUGACCCCCCCUCUUCUGCCUCUGAUAAAGCAACCCCUCCCCCUGAGCCCCCCAGGGAGAGCAGCACUCCUAACAGCAGUGCCCCCAGUGACGACUGCAGCAAUAGCAGCAACAGCAACAGCAUGGCCCCUCCUCCCUCAGACGGCGCCACUGGAGCUGCGGCCCCGGCAGUCCCUGACCCCCCAGCCGCCCAGGAAGCCAACUCCAGUGCAGCUGACCCUAAUGCGGCCGCAGCGCCUCCGCCUCCCCCUGCCUCAGAAGAACCAGCCCCUCCCCCCCCUCCACUACUACCCCCCAGCCAGAGCAGUCAGCAGUAUGAUAUGUAACAGUGGUUGGAGCUGUAGAAGCCCCGCCCCCUCUCCUGGCUGCAGCAGCAGCGGGCGUGGAACAAGUGGCUCUGUGAUAGGAGACGUGCUGAGUGGUUGAGGGUCUGAUGGUCUGGUCAAUACAUAUUUCACCAUCCAGCCUCACUGAGCUGGACCAAACAAGGAUUAGGACUCAAAUCUGCAAACAAUUCUUGUUUUUUAAAAUUUACCCAGCAUGCCUGGUUUUGCCAAUAAAUUGAAAUGUCACCAAAGAGUACAACAUUUGACCGAUUGAGUUUGUGCUACAGGCAUUGUACAAGCCAUUCCUUGCCAUUUUUAGAAACUUUAUUAUAAAAUGGGCCAAUAGUAAUGCUGCUGGCUGCUUGGAUGUCACAUACAGGGAUCUAACUCAACCCCUCCCAUCACUGUUACUGCUGGCUGCUACUAUUUAUUGUCCAAAAUCCAUCCGUUAAUCCUCAAAUACAGUCCUAUCAGUUUAUCAUUAAUGUAUAAAAUGUCAAAAAUGUGUGAUUUGUGAAUCGCAACUUCCCAGAGCUCAAGGUGACAUCUUAAAAUGUC